AUGAAAUCUCACUUCUUAUUCGGAAGUCUUGACAUCACGUCAGGUUUUCUCCCCGAAGCUCGAACUCCCCGCUCGUCGAGGCACGAGUCUUCAACACGAUGUGAUACAAUAUACAUCCCAUCUGAUGACUCUAUUACUCCCACCGUCUUCAAGGGGUUUUACAGUUUAUCUAAGCGAGAAACUAAAGACACAGUUCCACAUAUAUCAGAGGAUGCCGGGAUCAACGGCUUGAAGUCACAACAUGCUAGACGCCAGCCGCAAACCUCGUUGGCAAGAUCUACCUGGAGAGCUCCGCUUCAGCAAAGUGUGAAGGUUCUCCAGGCCGGAGCGACAACAGUUGAUGUCCCUGGAACAGGUGGUGGCAAAGAAAACAUUCCUCCUGGUUUCUCUGUCAUCGCCAACAAAAAAAGCAAAUCAAAGAUCCAUUCACCAGUGUCUAAAAUGGCCCGUCCAGCCAUGCAAAACGCUACUCCCAGAACACGCGUAUCAACCAAGCCCAAAAAAGCGCGAAAAGAGCCACUGAAGCGAGCGGCUCUGGGUGAAACCCGAGGCAAUGUUGUCAGAGUCAGAGUCCCCAAAAAGAUAGAACAUUCACCACCUGCUGAGACUGUUUGGGUCUCUCCCUUGGAGCGUACCUACUCCGCCAUUGUCAUUCAACGUACAUGGCGGUCAUUCACAGAGCGACGGAAUAAGCACGCAUGUACAAUAGCGACGGUCAGGACGAAAUUGGCAUACGAGGUGAUUGCUCGAUGGUGGCGCGGUGUCAAAGCCCGCAAGCUGAGAGAGCAGACAAAUCAGGUCAAGCUGAUGGAGAGGACUGAACAAAUGCCCCGACGUAAAUCUGCUGGUCAGAGAUCGUCUGUUCGCCAGAACCAACCCAAUUCUGGUCGCCGAGGCAUUCGGCGCCUCUAA